CUCAGCACCUCUUUUCUCACAGCAGAGUUUGGAGAAGGUCAGAGAGAGUAGCGCUUUGACGCGGUAGCUCUCUGUCAAUCCGGAACAAAGAAAAUGGCCUUUUAAAACAUAAAAACAAUUUUAAUCCGGAUCAUUUUAAAUUUAGGCGUCUACGUCAUGUGCGUGUUUUUAUUCGCCGUAAACAAACUAGUGUAUUUAGUUGGUUGCUAACAAGCUAACCAUCGAGCUAAAGUCGAAACAACCUUUUUUGUUUGGAAAGACAACAGCCGCUUGCAGUCCGAACUCUGGCUGAGAUUUGGUUUUUUUUAUUGCCCUCUGACACGGAGAAAGUGUAAAAAUGGAGCUCGGCAAAGCUGCAAGCGAUUUCAGCCCCGUUUCCCUGGAGCCUAGCGCGGGCCCUGACUCAGUCCUGAGAGUUUGUAGGCCAACUCUGCCCGAGGUUGGGCUGAAGGGCUCCCCAUGCACCAAAACCCUCUUCUCACCCGGAACUACCGUGCUGUCUCCUGUGACUAACUUAACACUCAACAUGGACAAUCUCGCUGUUCUCGGAGGGCAAUGUGAGACACCCAAAAGGAAGAAAUUGGAUAAAAAUGUGCCUUUAUUGAAGAUUCCAUCAUUCGCUUCCGACACCUCUUCAGACGCAGGACUGGGCUUGGACUCUCCCAGCCCUGUUGACCCAAUGGAGGCAGAAGAGAAGUUUGAGCAGGCCAUACAGAAUGCUACAAAAGUGAUAAAUGAAAGAAUACCAAUUCGCAGGAUAAACUCCUUGCCACUGCAGUUGCUGGGUCUCAGUCCCAAUCUGAAGAGUAAAGAUUCUGAUAUACCUCGCUAUGGUGUCUUUAGUCAGAGCUGCACACUCAGCCUGGAUAACAAGGAGAACCUUCAUGAUACAAGUUUCGAAUUUAAGAAGCCCACUCAGCCUGUUUCUCGCUUCCGAAAGUGUUCAGCUGGGGAGGCAAAGGAAGCUUUUGCUAGCCGACCCAACUCUGCUCCUGCUCUUAUGGUAACGCUUUCUCCUACCUCAUCUAAUCAGCUAGCCUCACCAGAUAGUGACAGUCCCUUCACACUGCGAUGCACAUCAUUCUCCAGUUUUCCUAACGAUGACGACGAUGGUUUUUUGGAUGUGCUUGAUGAUGUAGAGACGGACUCUGAGGUACCUAUGGGAAUGGCCAGUUUGCUCACAGCUCCUCUGGUUGCUGACCAAAGCAUAGAAACUGCAGAUUCGCCGGUUCGCUGUCGGCCACGGGGGCUGUUUCGUUCCCCAUCGAUGCCAACAGGAGGCCGACCGGCACUUAAAAGACCAGAUAGGCCCAGAGAUGACAACACGCCUGUACGUGUUAAGAGGAGGAGAAGUGUUGCUGGGUCGCAUGUCACAGCCAUGGAGCAGGAUGAUGCUGUUCCUCAACAGGUUCAGCGCUCAAAAUCUUUUAAUCAUACAGAGAUAGAAAGACUGUUGGAUGCUGACCCCAGUAAUGUGAUUGGAGAUUUUACCAAGCCUCCUGCUUUGCCCACAGUUGAUGGAAAACACCAGGACUUGAAAUACAUCACUCCAGAAAUUAUGUCUGCAGCAAUGAACAGAGAGUUCAGUGAUGUGGUGGAGAGGCUGUUCAUCAUUGACUGUCGUUAUCCAUACGAGUAUGAAGGAGGACAUAUCAAGGGUGCGCUAAACUUUCAUCAAGAGGACCAGGUUGAGGAGUGCUUUUUCAAACAGCCCAUUCUGUCAAAAUGCCCUGAAAAGCGCGUGCUGCUGGUGUUCCAUUGUGAGUUUUCUUCCGAACGUGGUCCCCGGAUGUGCCGCUUUGUACGCGAGCGAGAUCGUUUCCUCAAUGAAUAUCCCAAUCUCCAUUACCCUGAACUGUACAUACUAAAGGGAGGUUACAAAGACUUCUAUCGCCUUCAUAAGAUGGAAUGUGAGCCCCAGAAUUAUAGGCCGAUGAUUCAUGAGGACUUUAAGGAUGAUCUGAAGAAGUUUCGCCUUAAGAGCCGGACAUGGGCAGGAGAGCGAAGCAAAAGAGACAUGUACGACCGCCUUAAAAAGCUCUGAGGCACAUGCAUGCCUUCAGGUUUACUGCCUAAUGUCACUCACACUGUGUUCACAUGAUCAGUAUGUAGCAGUGACCUAUUGAAUAUUGUUCCAAUCCUCUGCCCAUGGUCAAAGCAUGCUUUACUGCCUUAACUCGAUCAUACAUUUUACACCAACUUACCUGUCCCAAUGGAUUACUGCUGGUGGGUUUUAUGCCAGUCCUAUUUUUUUCCCCCCAUUCCAGCUGACAACCUCCAAGCACUUAAAUUUCUAGUGUUUAUGGUGAAUAGUGCUCCUGUUUUUCUGAUGCAAUCAAAAUCUUUGUCCCUGCCAAUCUGGGUCUGAGCCAUAUCUACAGUUAUUGUAAUUAGUUUAUCAGAACCAGCCAGUGUUUUAAAUGUUAUUCAAUUAUGUGCAUUCCAAUAAUAUGGGUCAAUAUCAGUGUGUUUUAAAGAAGGUAUUUAACUGUCGCUUGAAAGGUUUUAACAGUAGAGUAUGAAUGACUAGUGCUGUUUAAUUGUCAGAAGGCCUGGGUGUAGAGUAGUAGUGAAUGCAGUGUGUGGGUUACUUUGGCCAUUUUGCACUGCCCCACUUUCUUUUCUUUUUUUUGAGAGUUCUUAUGAUGAUUCCUAUAUUUUGAAAUUUUCAUUGGAAGCAUAAAAUAUUUUCACUUUCAAUAUUUUUGUCAUGGAUAUUGUCUUGAACUGCACUCAAUCAGGGAGACAGACUUGGCUGAUUGCUGCUGGUCAGCGUGAGAACCUUGUUCACCAAAAUGCCCAGCAAUAAACCUGCAUGUAACUUUUUUUUUUUUUUCUUUUUUUAAAAUAACAUUGUGUUGUAAUGAUUCCCCCUUCUCUAAAAGCUAAUGUUGUGUGUAAGAUGGUGUAUUGAGUCUCUGCUUUUGGCCAUGUUUGGUCCUGUGUGUGUGAGUGGAAGAUCUCUUAACUGCAAUAACAAUGUGAUGUUGGGGGAAUAAACUACUUCAAUCUA